AAGAACUAAGAAGUUUCAUGUCCGGUAACUGACAUGAACAUGUCAAGCUUAAGACAGUCAGCCCAGGACGUAGCAUCGCCCGAUAAACAGAAAGGCGUCAGAUGGGAUCCCACCUUCUCCGAAGAGAACAACGAGCUGCGACGGCAACUCGAGCUGCGCCACAUAAAACGGCAGGUGGAGAUCCUCGCCACCUUCCUGCCCGACAGCAUCCUGAACCUGCCGAGCCUCUACCGCAACACCGGCAGCUCCUUCUCCGGCGUCGUGCUCCAGAUCGACAUCACGAACUGCGGCAAAAUGGUGGAGAAGUACCACAAGAACAAGGGCGGCGGCAUCAACCGUCUGACCAACACGCUGAACGCCUAUUUCGGCGCCAUAACCGAGGCGGUCGUGUACUUUGGCGGCGACGUGCUUCGGUUCACCAACGUGGGGUUUCAGUGCGUGUGGAAGUCGGAACUGACGGAGGCCAUACACGAGAUCAUCCAUAACGUGAUUGUUUGUUCGAUUUACAUUAGGGACACGUUUGGGAACUUUCACACGGAGGUCAACGUUGAUAUGACGUUGAAUUUGAUGAUAUCCUCCGGUCACUUGCAACUGGCCGUCAUUGGGAAUGAGCACAAGAGCUUCAUUUUGUUGGGUUGUACUGGAGUGGAGAAGAAAUAUUCGUAUGAAAAAGACAUUGUUAUUAUCGAUGUGUCUGCUUGGGGGCAUUGUCGUGAAGAUGCUUACGAAGUUGAAUAUUUGACAGAAGACAAAGUUGAAAUAAUCCGUUAUUACGACAAGUUGGCUUAUUCGAAAGUGAACACUCACGAGCAACUCCAAACAGUACAAAUCAUGUGCCAAAAACACUUAAAGCACAGAGAGACGUUGCACAAACUACGUAAAUUCAACGACACCCUGACCGACUUCAAAAUCACCGAAAGCUUCAUGCGUGACCUGCCUUCAAGACCUGCAGUUUCGGACGCACCAAGAACAUGGAUGACCAACGAGCUGAAACCCUUCGUCAUCGAUCCCAUCGGGUACCAAGUCGAAGAGAAAUUGGCCGUCGACUAUUUGACGGAGAGUCGCGAGAUAACCGUCACCACCGUCACGUGCGAAAUCGAUCUGGAAGAUGUGGACUUGAUAAAGAAGAUCGAGGAAAUUUACAACGUCACCUGCAAAUACGUUUCAAUGUACCUGGGACACGUGAUAAGUCUGAGGGUCAUAGGCAAAAUCAUCAACAUCACCAUCUCCUUCGGUUUGCGAGGUGUGAAGCACGAGCUGGAAAGUAGGAACGCCCUAAGGGCCUCGAAUAAAAUCACUUAUCACGUGCGCAACGUCAUGAAGAUGACGAACAUAUCGGUCAGCGUUUCCAUCGGGUUCGUUUAUUGUGGCGUCUUGGGGCAUCCGCACAGGCGGGAGUAUUGUCUGAUUGGCGAAGCUUACAAGAGAUCGAUAACGUUAAUCAAACAUUACCCCAACCAAAUCACCUGCGACUAUCUGACUUUCAAAAACUCCAAGCUGUCCUCUUCGUACUUUAUUAUUUUGAGCCAAACCCCAGGAACUAGUGGGCAAACCAACUUUAGUUACUGCGAAAACAUGGACGUGGAGCCACCUGUGGAGCCACACAUCAAACCCAUGUUGGGACGGGAGUCCAUAAUGGAGUUCAUCAAUAUGGUGAUCCACCAUCCACAUAAAGUUGGCUAUGUGUCUGGUUUAGUCCUUAAAGCCCCCCACGACAUGGGGAUCACUAAAAUACUAAAAUCAGUCGUAAGAAAGUAUACAGCUGACGCAUAUACAUUGGCAGCCAUUGAAUUGAUCGGCAAACAAAGGCCCUAUUACACAGUCUCCAUACUAUAUAAUCAAAUCUAUAACAAGUGGGCAGACAUCGACAGCCCCAACGUGUCCGUGAUCAAAAGCAUGCCCCGAGACUUAUGGAGCUUCAACGAGGCACUACAAAAAAAUGCCAAACUAAAUCCCAAAAUGUACUCCGAAAGGAAGUACAAAAUCGUCCAAUCCUUCAAGACAAUAUGCAAAGGUGACAGCUCGACGAACACCAUUUGCGUCAUCGACAACGCCCAGUACAUCGACCAGAAGAGCUUCGACGUGCUGCAGGCAGCAAUGGAAGAGAAGUCGGUCCGGGUGAUUUGCGGCGGAUGUUUCGAUCAAGGUAACUGGGACACGUUGUGGAAGUUCUCUCUGGGUGGACUUAUGAAGGUUAUGGACGUGUAUCCGCUGCCGGAACUGUACAUCGCCCCACUGCUGUGUCAGAUGUUGAAUGUGAAAGGCGUGUCCAAAAAGUUGGUGUCGUUAAUUGUGAAAAGUUGCGACGGCAAACCCGGUUACGUACAAAAAAGUAUCCUAAGACUGAUUAACAGUGGUUGCAUUCAAAUGCAGUACAUGCUGCUCUCCAAAAGUUUUUUGCAAGAUGAAAGAUAUGUUAUACCAGUGGCUAGGUUUGUGGAAAAUGACACUGAAAUAGGCAAUCUAACGUUGGAUGCAAUAACUUACGAAGAAUACAGCAUGUUCACAGCCUAUCAACAGUUGGUGAUCAAAACCAGUUCCGUUCUGGGGGAGUCCUUCAGCAGAACUUUGCUAGUGGUUGCCCUGAAAUAUCCCAACGAUCAGCUUCUAGCAAGCUCCAUCAAAAUCUUGUUCGAAGAGAACAUAUUUGACUGUGGCACCAAAUACAUCAACUGCAUAAACAAAGAUGUCAAACCUUUAAUUUGUCAGUGUUACGACUAUGACAAGGAAGCAGACCACUUGUUUGGUCUGCCUCCUUAUGCCUUCUGUAAAUUCAUUUUUUUCAAGAACAAAACUCUAAGAGUCUUUGCUUACAAUCUGGUACCUGAACACCAACGACGCGAGUUGCAUACAAAGGCCACAGAAAUUUUAGAAUACCAGAACAACUUGUGCCCGUACUGCGUUCACGACAAUUCCGCUGUUGUGAUAGUGAUGAGAAAGUUCGACGAACUGGCCGAAGCUUGUAACACGGGAAUCUAUAAAAAGCCCGCGCCAAAAUGUAUGGAGACUUCAAAACCCGCCGACAAAAGACUAAAAAAAAUUAUACGGGAAAGCAUUUUAUUGAGUUGCCAGCCUGGUAAAAGAUCCGAAAAGCCCCCUCUGAGAAAGAUAUACGACUCGUCCACGUGUUUUUGUCUGGAGAUGCUUACCAAAGUGUAUGCCGACCUGGUGUAUCACAGUAGAGCAGCUGAACACUUGGGGAAGAUGAUUUUUUUCCUCAUCCAGUACAGCAUCAUCUUUUUAAUUAUGAACGAGGUGGAAGACUGUAUUCCUCUUCUGACCGAAGCCAGUGAGUUGUGCAUGUGCAAUUCGAAGUUACAGUAUCUGACGGAAGACUUUAGGAAGGUUAACCUAGGCAAAAUUCACAUGCUUCUGGCUGAGGUGCAUUUAAUACUCAACAAUUUGGCAAUUGCCAAGAAUCACAUUUGUGUCAGUUUAAGGCAAUUCGAUGCACCUAUGAUUGCAAUGUUCUAUAAAUCAGCCAACUCUCUCUUAACUACAACAUAUUUGGAGCGAAGCGACCAUUUGGUCAGGAAACCGAAACUCAUACCGUUUCUAAAGUACGACUUUGGCAUUUGCAUGAAUCUGGUGAGCAUUAUUCUAUACAGGGAGGGGCGAUACGACAUGGCUAAAAUGGCUACAACCAAAAGUUUGACCUAUAUCAAACAAUUGAAUCCUGAUGUAAAGAUGUUGUGUGAUGUAUAUUCGACUGCCAUUGAGCUUUAUUCGUUUUGCGGUGACACUCACGUUUGUGAACAAUUGGAAAAUCGAAUUAAUUUAGAGAUUUUAAAGUGUUACACUCAAAAUACUGUGAUUGAACUACUGGAUAUAUGCAAAUUGUUGUACUUGGUGUUUCAAAACAGAUCUUUGUCGGGGAACAUUCAAGACACGUUGAAGCUGGGUUACAGAACCAUAGAAAUAAAUUUGGUUUGUCAGUCUUACAAAAUUAUUAUGGACAUGCUGCCUAUUAUGAGUUCCUUAUUAUUAAUGGCUCAAAAAAUUGAAGAUGCUGUACAACUGGCCGUAAUGUUGUGUGGCUAUUCCACAAAAUAUGACCAAUGGGCACUCAUUGGAUAUUUUGCCUUUUGUUUGGAACUCGCUUUGGAGUGCAGUUUCUUUUUGGAACCGGUUGACAAAGUAAUAAGAUUCGUGAACAUCUAUUACAUUGAAGAGAAUAAAACGGUGGCAACAAACAUUGACAACAAACUUAUUUUAUUAGUGGUCAACUAUCACGCCAAAAACUCUGAAAUACAACAAGCCAAAAAGUGGAUGUUAUUCUAUAGAUCCGAAUUGGAUCAAGAGUUUUCUUAUAUUUCCGUCUGCAAUUUGAUGAAAAGAUUCGAAAACGAACUACUGAUCAUCGUAAUGAGUUUAAAGUACCAAAUUCCAGAUCGGGACGUCCAUGAGAAGGACGCAAAAUUUCUAAACAAACAAUGUAAAAAUGCCGCACAAAAAUGGAAGACAUAUUAUCCCAGAUAUUUACUACUCCAAGCUUACUAUUCGUUAAUAAGGCAAAAGAAAAAGAAAUAUAAAUCGCUUCUGAGGAAGGCAUUGAAGGUGGCAAGUAAUAGAAAUAAUAUUUUGGAACAAAGUUGGAUAACAUUAAAUCAAUUGUCAUGGAAAUCUAACGGUACUUCAGACCUUGUGGAAAUGAAGCAAUAUUCAUGGUCUUUGGCUUCGCAUUAUUCACCACUACAUUGGUCUCAAAUCAUGUAUCCGUUACCCUUAAUCUGAAGACAUUAAUUAAAAGUUAAUAGAUUUUA